UCUCCGCGUCGUCAGAAAAGUGCCUUCGGUUGCAUUCCAGCGGACAACAGCGCGCGAGGCAAGGGUCUGCUUUGAGAAGAGCGCGAGGGCAGAUUUAACCCUUUAUAUCGGAGAGCUCGUCUACAACAUGCAGGAGGAUGGUAAGGUGGUGGAUGGCAGUCUGUUGGGUGAUGCCAACGGGUUAGAGCCCAGUCCAGGAAGGGUGAAGGAGUCUGGGAAAUGGCAGAAGCCGCGGUUCACACGCAAAGCCCUGAUGAACUGUUGUCUGAUCAAAUGGAUCAUCACCAGCAGGACAACACCAGACAAAGAUGACAGUAGUGAGAGUGAUUUGGAGCUAUCAACGGUUCGUCACCAGCCAGAAGGCUUGGACCAGCUGCAGGUUCAGACCAAGUUCACCAAGAAGGAGCUCCAGUCUCUAUACAGGGGCUACAAGAACGAGUGUCCCAGUGGUUUGGUUGAUGAAGAGACGUUCAAGACCAUCUAUUCUCAGUUCUUUCCCCAAGGAGACGCCACCACCUAUGCACAUUUCCUGUUCAAUGCAUUUGAUAUGGACAGAAACGGCUCCAUUCGUUUUGAGGACUUUGUGAUCGGCCUGUCUGUUCUCCUGAGAGGGUCAGUCACAGAGAAACUCAACUGGGCCUUCAACUUGUACGACAUCAACAAGGACGGAUACAUCACUAAAGAGGAGAUGCUGGCUAUUAUGAAGUCCAUCUAUGAUAUGAUGGGCAGGUACACCUACCCCAGUGUACGGGACGAGGCACCCUCUGAACACGUGGAUAAGUUCUUCCAGAAAAUGGACAGAAACCGAGAUGGAGUGGUGACCAUUGAGGAGUUCAUUGAGACCUGUCAGAAGGAUGAGAACAUAAUGAACUCCAUGCAGCUUUUUGAGAACGUGCUCUAGAGCCCAGCAGAACGUUCUACGCCAUUCCACCAACGUCCGAUCCUGUACUUCUGUCUAGACACAACCCCUGUCCAAUCCCAAGACACCCACUUACACACACACACACACACCCUAAAGAGAAGAGAAGAGAAGAGAAGAGAAGAGAAGAGAAGAGAAGAGAAGAGAAGAGAAGAGACGAGACGAGACGAGACGAGACGAGACCUGAACUGAACUACUGGAACCUCUGCUACUUUAAAGCUUCUCAGCCUCCCAAAGAAAAGAGAAAGAAGGACCAAACUGCUCAACACUGCUGAUCCUAUGAGCUUCUAGUACUCUGCCUCCUCAUUGGACCCAAAGGACAAAUUACCAAUCAAAUGAUGGAGAAAGAGUGUAAGAGUGGAAAUAGAGGAGAGAAACUCAUCACAAUGUUGCUGACCUCCAGAUGAGGAUGCCGUAGCUAUAGCACACAAUGUCUCUGCACUUACACAUUCUGUACACACACACACACUAUCUGUCUGCACUCAAACAUACUAUACACACACACACACCCACAAUCUCUCCACACUCACACAUGCUGUACAAACACACACACGCACACACACCCUCCCCACCCAGCAGAGGCUCGCCAGGAAAGGAUAUCUGUGGACACACUGACACACUUCUCUGAAGAGUGUUUGAGACAGUUGAUAUAGCGUACAGAAAGCUGGACUGAUCCCGAGCAGGGACACUGGCACCAAACACCACAGAGACACUAAAAAGAAAAGAACUGAAGCAUGUUUGUCAGAUGUGAUGUGUGAUUUGCUAGCACUAAGAAUCGUUCAUAUUGUACAAUAUGCACCAGAAGAGAAUGCAUUGAUUGUAAAUGUAGAGUGCCACUGUAGACCACUAAAGGAAGACUCAGUGUGUAUGUAGAUAUGUAUAGACAGUAAUAUAUAAUAAUAGCAUCCUAAAGCCAGGUGUCAAGCUCUCACCUGUACUCCACUAUGGGUAACAGGUGUUAAAGUUAAGGCCAGACAAAAUCUGUGUGGUUGUUUUCUUACCACUUACAGAACACUAAUUGAUAGAAUCGUAGCCUUACAUGUUUAGUAUAAGUAUUAUUGGAUCAUUUGAUCCUACAGGUAUUUUGUUUAAUUCCAAGUCAGUUCUAGAGUGUAGAGGUACCCCUACGGUCGGUGGGUUCUACCCCUACUGGUUGCGUCUGGUCAUAGUUCUAAGUGACACAGGGAGGGUCACUGGUUCUGCUCUGUCACCAAUGGACCAGCGAGUCAGAAUAAGCUUUAGAUGUACAGUAUGUCAGUGCCACCUUAUAAUAUGUGUAAUAAUAAUAAGACAGAUAUACUAAGAUGUAUAUGUGUUGUAAACUAAAGCCAUCCUCAGAGGAAUACAGAGUAUACUACUAUGGCUUGAUCCCUCUUCUUAAUCCCUCAUCAGAGUUUUUGUUUUGUUAAUGUCCCAAAUGGCACCCUAUUCCCUUUCAAAAGUAGUGCACUAUAAAGGGAAAAGAGUGCCAUGGCCCUGGUCAA